AUGGAAUUUAAAUUACCGAAAUUAUCUUCAAAUGAAAACUUUGGUCCUCCAGUUAACAAUAAAUCCAACAGAUUCAAUGAAAUUCCUUUCUCCCCGUACUCAAAAUUUGAUAAAAUAACUCAAAUCGCUGAUUUUAACUUGGAUUUGAAGGAUGAUCAAUCAAAGCAGUCUAAUAAGCAAUUGAAACCUUUACAGAAAUCUAUAUAUGGCUCUGGUUCUGCCACCGCUUUCGGUUACAUUCAUGGCGAAGACGAGGCGUCUUUCAGCUUGGUUGAUAACAAAACCUCUGCAAAGAGAACUGUCGCUUUGGGUAAACGUCAACAAUCUCGUACUCAACCUUCUAGACCUACUCCUACCCGUACAAACACUAACCAACGCCAACAACAACAACAACAAACUCAACAAAAGCAACAACCACGCACUCACAGAAAGAUGGGCUGGAAAGACUGGGAUAAACCGAACAGAAUACGUGACGCAUCCGUUCAAGUUGAACCUGAAUGGCAAAAUAUCGCUGAAAUUGACUUCCCUAGGCUCAACAAACUCAAUUUGGAUGUCAAUGAAGGUGAAGAUGUUGAAUCUUUCGGUCAAUUAUAUCCUUAUGAUAGAUCUUUCGAUAGAAUCAAUACUAAAAAUGAGAAACCUCUCGAAAUUAAAGACCGUACACGCUACAAUCCCUCUACUUCUGUCGACCCCGUCAUAAAGAAACUCGCUCAACAAGAUAAAGCUCAAGUUUUCGCAACUGAUUGCGUCUUGUCUGUACUCAUGACUUCUGCUAGAUCUGUUUAUCCAUGGGAUUUGGUCGUUGUGCGCAAGGGUAACCAAAUCUUCCUCGACAAACGUGAAGGUGGUCCUUUCGAUUUCGCUUCUGUCAACGAAAACGCAGCUGACCCCCCAAUGGAAAAUGAUAAGGAGACGCUCAACACCCCCGCCAGUCUCUCUUUCGAAGCUACCUAUGUUAACCACAAUUACACAACUCAAGUAACCAAUGAGGAAGGCAAACCAAAGCCUGUCGGCGAAUCUAAUCCCUUCCACUCCGGUGAUGAGCCUGAUCCACUUGCUAAGAAUGUUUACAAGUACAGAAAAUUCAAUCUCGCUAUCGACGAUUCUGAAAAGAUGGACUUGAUAGUUAGGACAGAGCUAGAUGCGUACGUUCCUAAUCUCAAGAAGAAGGAUCCAACUCCAACUCCACAAAUUACCAUUCGCGCUCUCAACGAAUUUGAUCACAAAGCUCAAGGCUCAGGUGGUGCACUCGACUGGAGAACUAAGCUCGACUCACAACGAGGUGCUGUUGUCGCUACUGAGCUCAAAAAUAACUCUGCCAAGCUCGCUAGAUGGGCUGUUCAAUCUAUUCUCGCUGGCGCUGACCAGAUGAAGUUCGGUUUCAUCAGCAGAGCUAACCCUAGAGAUGAAUCGAAGCAUGUCAUCGUAGGUGUGCAGUCUUAUAAGCCAAAGGAUUUGGCAUCACAACUCCAUAUUACACUCAGCAAUGGUUUCGGCAUCGUUCGCACUAUUGUUGAUCUCGUCAAGAACCAGCCUGAAGGUAAAUACAUUCUCAUCAAGGAUCCAAACAGAUCCAUCAUUCGCCUUUACUCUGUCCCAGCUGACUUUGGCGAAACUGACCAAGAUGCUCAAGAGAAGCAAGGCGAUUUUAAUGCCAAUUAA